AUGGCUUUCCCUGGAAGUCAUGGAGCCCAUAUAGGUCCAACAAUAGUGACUGUUUCUCGUGAUGGAGACUAUAUUGUACGCGUACAUGGCAAAGAGGUUUCAGUGCACUCAGCUACGCCCAUAGAAGGGUCGCGCGUUCUUCGGUCCAUAAAACUCCCAGAGCCCCUUGCUUCGCAACUCAAAUUCGUCAAAAUAUCCCUGUCAAACUCACAGGAUGUUAAUCAUGUCGGAGCUCGAAUGCAAAUUGAAGAUGACGGCCCAUUGGACCUCGUUUUACAUCAGCGUUUAUUGUGCGCAACCAAUAACCGGAUAUCAGUCUGGCAACUCAAUUCCCUAGAAUGGCAUGCUGAUAUUGAAAACAUUGAACCAAGCGUGACUGCCAUCGACUUUGGCGCGAGUAAUGAUGAAGUGAUCCUGUUUCAUGCAUGGAGCUCAAAAGUGACGGUUUUCAAUCUGGAGUCCGCAUCUAGUCUGAUAAUCAAGUCGCCCAAGUUCUGCAAUCCAAGCAGCCAGGGGCAUGGUUAUCGGCCACAAACAAAUCAGCUUGCAAUAUUACUGAAGCCCGAAGCUAGUGACUUGCUCACCAUUCAUGAAGCUAAUUCAUAUGAAACAAUAUCUAAAGCUAACCUGCCAACAGUCGAUGCGCAAGGCUUAAAAUGGAGUCCGGAUGGCAGAUGGAUUGCAAUCUGGGAUGCAGCUAGUAGUGGCACAAAGGUGCUUAUUUACACGGCCGAUGGACAGCAUUUUCGUACAUAUACUGGAAGAGAUGAUGCGGAAAAUACACAUGAUCUUGGCGUGAAAUGUAUAGAAUGGGCACCAUUGAAACCGCGACAGCAGAAUAGCGAAGUUCUGGCAGUAGGGAAGUACGACGGAACAGUUGAUUUACUCAACACUCGUACAUUCUCAUGUUCCACUACACUCUCACACACCUUUCACAUCAACGCCGAGUCACCUCGAGUCUGGCGCGAACGUAUGUCUCCCGACGGAAAGCUCGAAUAUGCAGAAGCAGCAUCUUCAUCUGCCUUCAUUACCGCUGGAAAUGACUCUACUUCCCAGCUACCUCGUGGUAUAUCAAUGCUACAGUUUUCACCACAUGGCGACUUCCUAGCCACAGUAGACCAGACACGGCCCAAUAUUGUAUGGAUAUGGGCCAUGACUACGCCACCAGCUCUUGAAACAGCGCUUGUACACGAGCAUAAUAUCAAAAAUAUGUUAUGGCACUCGAAGAACCAAGAGUUACUCAUCAUAACAGCAAAUACUAUACUUGCUGUGGUACAUCUGUGGUCGAGAGAACGAUCUCCCGUGAUAUCGGAAAUCCCUAUAUCACGCAGCGAAGCAGGUCGAUAUGAUAUUACGUGGGUGAAGUCGGGUGACCUAGCGCCACUAGGAUAUUUCUGGUUCAGCAAUUCAGAAGACGCCAUUCUUGGUCGUAUUGUAGUAAAUGAUGAGGGAAAUGCUCCGUUCGACUCACAUCAUGUGGUGAGUCGCGGCGGCUUAGUGGGAAUGUGA